CCGUUAUGGCGGAUAUCCUUUGGAGUUUGAAUGUCAGUACGGUUGUUUACCUUUUAAUAUGCUAUUUACACGUGGUUUGAAAUUGAUCGAAUUUUAGAUUUAAAAAAAAUGUCCGAAGAUCGAUCUUCCUCACUGUCUUUAAAUGAAGAUUUUCAGAAGUUCUUAGAAGCGUCGCUGUCAUCAGAUGAAUCUGAACUUGAUUUAUCAGAAAAUAAAAAACGAUUAUGGUGGCUAGAUGGUGAAGAUGAUGGAAAUGUAAAACAGAAAGAGUCAGCAAAUAGGCAUUCUUGGUUAAAGAAAGUUGAAACAAAAAAAACAGAUGAAGAUCAGAAAGAUUCAGAUUCACAAACUAUUAAAGAAAUUAUUGAAUCAAAAUCUGCUGUACAAGAAACAACUUCACAGGAUAAAGAAGUUGAAAACUUGUCAUCGAAACAGGAAUCUGAAGCAGGCAAAGAAAAUGUUUUUACAUUUGAUUCUAAGAGUCAUGUCUCUGAAAAGCCUGAAAUAUUGACUUCAGAUGAUCAGACUCUUGUACAAAGUUUACCUGAUGAUGACUAUUCUGAAGAUACCUUUAAUACUUUAACAUCCAAAGAUGAAAUAGCAGAAGAAGAAUCAAAUAUUUCAAGCCACAUAACUUCAGAAACCACUAAAAAUCCAAAUGAAAAUAGUACUAAUAAUAGUGAGAAAGUAGAAAUCAUUUCAUCACCUGUCUUACCAAGAUUAAAAGAGCAAGAGAAUAAAGCUGAAAAAACAGAAAUUAAAAGUACUGUUGAUUUACUACCAGAAGCAGAUGACUUAAUAGAUAAGAAAAAUGAUCAUAUGAAUCAUGUUGAUAGUGGUAAGCAUUUAAUUCCUUUUCUUAAUUUACUAAUUUAAAAUAAUAAAUUUAUAAUUGUUUUUAUUGUAUUAUUUUUCUCAUAAUUGUCAUUGAAAUGUAAAUCUGAAAUACUAUAAUUUUGGGCAGAUAACCCUUAAAAGCAUGUCUUGCAGAAAAUUGCAAGAACAAAAAGUAAAGCUUAUAUAACAUGCCCUAUCAUA